GCAAAUGAAAAUAAGGAUUUGUUAAGGGUCUAGUUUCUCGCCUCUUAGCUCAUUUGUUUUCUUGAGAGGAAAGACAACCAGUCCGCUUAUAACUUUCCCCCCUUUCUUCUUCUUCACUUCCAAAAUCAAUAAACCAAAAUCAGCAGCCCUAAAACAACAACAACAACAAGAUGAGUAGCAUAGGAACCGGUUACGAUCUUUCCGUCACGACCUUCUCGCCGGACGGUAGGGUUUUCCAGAUCGAGUACGCUGCUAAAGCCGUCGACAACAGCGGCACUGUCGUCGGCAUCAAAUGCAAAGACGGCAUUGUUAUCGGAGUAGAGAAGCUGAUUGCGUCCAAGAUGAUGUUGCCUGGAUCUAACCGUAGAAUCCACUCCGUACAUCGUCAUUCUGGAAUGGGUGUAGCAGGAUUAGCUGCUGAUGGGAGGCAGAUUGUAGCAAGAGCCAAAUCUGAAGCUCACAAUUAUGAAAGCACUUAUGGUGAACCUAUUCCGAUUAAAGAACUUGCUGAUCGUGUUGCUAGUUAUGUGCAUUUGUGCACACUUUAUUGGUGGCUCAGACCUUUUGGUUCCGGUGUGAUUCUUGGAGGUUAUGAUCGUGAUGGCCCACAAUUAUAUAUGGUUGAACCUUCUGGUGUUUCCUAUAGAUAUUUUGGUGCUGCAAUUGGGAAGGGCAGGCAGGCUGCCAAAACUGAGAUUGAAAAGUUGAAACUUUCUGAGUUGACUUGCCGGGAAGGUGUUAUUGAGGUGGCGAAAAUAAUCUAUGGAGUACAUGACGAGGCGAAGGACAAAACCUUUGAGUUGGAGAUGAGCUGGGUUUGUGAUGAAUCAAACCGCCAGCACCAGAAGGUUCCAGAAGCACUUUUGGAGGAAGCGAAAGCUGCAGCUCAAGCAGCGUUGGAAGAAAUGGAUGCUGAUUAAUGAUAAUAGAUCUUUUCUCCCUUUGUGUUUGUCUGAAUUUUCGUUUUCGAAUUUGUUCGCAGAACUAAACAUGUUAAUCAUCGAAGAUUGUAACGUUUUCCGUAAAAUUUAAUGUAUGUUGCAUCAAACCUGUAAGCGUUAGGUAUCAAAAUGUUCCAAGUUCAUGUGUG